AUGAGUGAUAAAGAUCUUUCCGAGGGUUAUAUAGAAGAAUCUAAUGAUGAGAAUUCCGAAGAAGAGGAUGAGGAGGAGAGUUCUGAUGAAACAGAUGACGAAUCAUCAUCUGAUCAAGAUGAAAUGGAAUAUAGCGACAGUAAGUCAGAACCAAAAAUACAAAAAAGGAUGUAUGAUAAUGGGAUGGAUAUUGAGGAUGAUGAAGAAUUGGAGGAUUAA